CCGAGUCAGCUGUUUCUCGGGUUUUCUUCGCGCCGUCAACUCAUUCCCUCUAACAUUGCCACGUGAUCAUGACAGUCGACGUGACCGAGAGAGCGAACGUAGAGCAAAGAAACGCGACGCCACCUUUGCUCUGCGCGUAUGUCGUUCGAAGUCGAGGGGGGAAAUUUCGAAUAGAGAAACUGUUCUCGGUUCCGAUUUGACCCACUGACCUCGGACCUCAAAAAAGCGGAGAGAUCGAUCGAUCUCGCGGAUCACUGCUGCGCGAAACGCUAAUUGCGGCGGAACCGGAAGUUGGCGACAGCGAUGGGGAGGGGGGAAUGGGGGGACGAUUCAUGUGAAAGUCGCGCGCAAUCUAGGGAUUUUCUUGCCGCACCUCGCUUCGCGACAAUCGCAUUUAUUCAAACGGGGACCGAUCGUCAAAAUGGACAGAUUUUUCGGCCUCUUAUUAUCGAUCAAUCGAUUAUUUCCAUGCGAUUUUCAGCUUUGGUGUGUGUGGUUGAAGCACACCAAAGCUCCCGAUAUUUUGCUAACCUCGAAACCAGUGCAGCGAUCGCUUGUCGCAGAAAGAUAAGUCGGUUUGACGACGGACUCGCACGCGCGCAUGCGAUAAUUUCCAAGAGGUGGAAGAUUCCAUCGAAAAGUGCAUCAGUUCUUUCUGUUUCUCUCUUUUGCUCUCUUUCUCUUUUAUGUUCGCCAUUUUUAAAAGGAGCUCGAUGAUCGGCACGGCAACCGCUGGUCCGGUUAUUCCGCGGUUCGUGUGAUUCGUGUCACAAGCAAAGCAGAGCCGGACCACGACCACGACUACGCUAUUGAGGGGGACACUGAGACACCCGUGGGUGGCUUGGAAGCGCGCGCGAGGUGUGCGCCGAGGGGCACGAGGAGGGGGUUGCCAAAGUGCGCGGCAACGGCAGCAGCAGCGGCGCGGCGAGGUAGCGCGAGAGGUGGUGGGUGCGUGCAUGCGACGUACGUUCGCUCAUCUGUCCGUCCGUCGUGAUUCGUGAUUUCAUCAGUGAUUCGUCGUCCUCGUCGUGUAGAGUUGUGACGAAGAGAUUUCGUGAGAAGAGUCCGCAGGUCCUUCGAGAUUCGAAGUUGGGCGUGUACUACCGUUUCGCCGUGCUCGGCUCAUAAGGAAGCUGCCGAUCUCCCCGCCACCCCACCCCACCCCGCUCCGCUCCAACUCGACCUCCUGGUGGUGCGCCUCGCGCGCGGAGCGGUAUUUCGCGCGUAGACGUCCCCGUCCGUAAACGACGAGUCCGGAGGGUGAGUCCGAAGUGGAGUACCCAGAACGAGGGUGAGAAGCGCGCGAGGAAACAACCAGUCCCCUUCGGGAGUCUGUCGCCCCGUACGGUGACGACAAAUUUGACACGUUGCGCGCGGGUUGACAAUAGCAGCAAGGAUGUCGGUGGCACCGCACGUAUCCAGCGGGCUCAGUAAGCUGAAGAAGAAGCAUUUCCGGGUGAAGCAUCAGAAGGUUAAGCUGUUCCGCGCGAACGAGCCGCUCCUCAGCGUGUUUAUGUGGGGUGUCAAUCACACGAUAAACGAACUUAGUCAUGUUAACAUUCCAGUAAUGCUCUUGCCAGAUGAUUUUAGAGCUUACAGCAAGUUGAAAGUGGAUAACCAUCUCUUCAACAAGGAGAAUAUGCCCUCGCACUUUAAAAUCAAAGAAUACUGUCCGUUAGUCUUUAGGAAUUUACGAGAAAGAUUUGGAAUAGAUGACUUGGAUUACAAGGAGUCGAUGACAAGAUCGCAACCAGUGCUUGACGAUUCCUCUGGGAAAAGCGGCGCAAAGUUUUAUCAAUCUUACGACAAACUGUUUAUAAUUAAAACCCUUACGAGCGAGGAAGUGGAAAGGAUGCACUCGUUCUUGAAGCAUUAUCAUCCCUAUAUUGUCGAGCGACAUGGAAAAACAUUGUUACCGCAAUACUUGGGAAUGUACCGGCUGACUGUCGAUGGUGUCGAGCAUUACGUGGUUGCCAUAAGAAAUGUAUUUUCGAAUCAUCUAACGACGCAUAAGAAAUAUGACCUGAAAGGUUCGACAGUGGAUCGGGAAGCAUCGGAUAAAGAGAAGGAGAAGGAUCUUCCUACCUACAAAGAUAACGAUUUCGUUAAAGAAGGCAUGAAGAUUUACAUUGGAGAAGAGGCCAAAGCUAAGCUAAUAGAAACAUUAACCGCCGAUGUAGAUUUCUUGACGAAGUUACACUUGAUGGAUUACUCUUUGCUACUCGGCGUGCAUGAUUGCGCGCGAGCGGAGCAAGAGAACCGAGAACGUGCAGAAAGAGAGGAUGACGAGGACAAUCACGAAGAUGAGGAUGACAGCGAGUCCGGUAGCGGAUUAGAAUCUCGAACUCCAGGGACAGACCGCUUAUGGAAUUGGAGUGGCGUCGGCCAUGCGGUUACCACUAUGGCAACGCCUCCCGAGUCACCUCAUGCCGCGUUAAUGCGUGAAACCAGUCUACAGUACGAAGAUGCGAUAAUACCCGAGCUAGAUAUUUACGCUAUUCCUAGUAAAGAAGGUGCUCCUACGAAAGAAAUUUAUUUUUUGGCCAUAAUAGAUGUGCUAACGCAUUAUGGUGUACGUAAGCAAGCGGCGAAAGCGGCCAAGACCGUUAAAUAUGGUGCUAAUGUCGAUGGUAUAUCCACCUGUGAUCCAGAACAAUACGGCAAACGAUUUAUAGAGUUUAUGAGCAAAGUCAUAGAGUAAAAAAAAUAUUAAUCGUGCAUAAAAUGAUCAAUUUGCGACGAUAUUACCGCUUACUGUGUACUAUCGGAGUGAAAUCGAAUUAAUCGUAACUCGUAUGAGGGGGGGGGGGAGUUCUGGAGAUUAAAUCAUUGGUCUCCGUUCGGUUUGCUUUUGGGCACCGGUUAUUUCUUAAUAGCGCUUUGACUUGCGAGUCACACGCGAUCGAAUAGAAGCGCGUAACAAAUCGAUCGGUGCGCGAGCUCUUUAAGUGAACGAGUCCUUUGCCGAUAUUUCUGCACAUCGGUAUUGUUUAUUAUAUUUUAUGGAAAGAAAUUUUUAUCCUCGAUUAUUACUUAUCGUGUCUACAUUGCUUCAUUUAGUCAAUCUUCACGUCAAUCGUGAAGAAGUGUGAUCGGUUUCUCGAAUUUAUCGCUUGAAACUACUUUAUCUCCGUGAUAAAACAUUUAAUCGCACAUAGCAUUACAUAUACACACUUGCAAACGCGCGAGAAUUUUCGUAAAAAUGAAAAAAUCGACGCCUCCUCUUUUCUCUGUCGCCCAUUCUUCUCGUCGCACAUGUCUCGAAAAAUGAAAUAAUAUUCAACGAUUUUAUAUCGUUUGAUGAAUAAACCAGGACAGAAAAUUAAUGGCAUUGGAGUAUACACCAAUUGAACAAGCAGUAUUAUUUGCGGAUUGAGAUAAAAAGCUCGAAGUCGCACAAAUUCUUAUCUAUCGAUAUCAAUAGCUGAUAGCAAUAUCUGAAAAUGUAUUAGCAGCAGUUUUUUUUUAUUUCGGAUUAAUCACUGGAUACGACUCUCAUGCUACAGAAAAAUAAUUUAACUUGAUGUGUUACCGUUGCAAUAAAUCUCAACUAUUGUGGCGCUUGCCAAGUAUAGAACUGCCUGGGUAUGCGCCUAAUCGUUUUAACGUAUAAGAUGUAAUUUUAGUAGCUCGAAACUACAAAUAUUCGUUGUUUCGCUGAAGUUAUCGAUAUUGAUAUACACUUUGUAGUGUCGAGAGCAAUGAAUACACACAUAGCGACAUACACAUACGUGUAAAUAUGCAUAUAUGAAUCAUUACGAAAUAAAAUACACUUUGUAAAUGUUAUGUUUAUUCUGAGUGGAUUAAAUUACAUUUUGGUUAUCGCGGAUUGAGCAGUUUAGUUACUUUGCAAAAUACAUUUAAUGUGUAUGAUACGAUCUGUUGAACGGUAUUAUCCACACUAUACAUAUCUCUUUGAUACUCAUCACGAAACUCGAGUCAAUAACUUGCUUUUACAGCUUUCUAAGAAAAUACUCCGAAAGACGCACCGUUCUUCCAAAGAUAUACCUGUAAAUUUCUGUACAUUAUAUCAUUUGUCAGUUUCUCUGGAUUGUGAAUUAAUAUAUACACGCUUUUAUAUUCCGUAUUGUUCAUCGUAAAUUUGUUUAUUUAGUGAGCAAAUAUUUAACGAAAGUCGAACGUCUACCUGUUGAGCAAUUUGUAUUGUAUUACGAGAAAAAGGAGAAUGUGCACCGCGUUGCGUAAGACAAUAUCUUUAAAUAAUAUCUAAUACACUUUUAUAUAUAUAAAUAUAUGUAUAAUUUGUUAGAGAUCCGAUUAUAAUAUAAUGACUAAUUAUUCUAAUGAUUAACAUAUUCAUCUAGUCUUGAUACGCGUAUAAUUUUGUAUAUUUUAUCGUUUAAUCGCGCGCACCAAGAUUAUAAGUGCGAUAAGUGAAAGGAGGAGGGGAUGUUCAUUAUUGCGUAUUUGUUGCAGAAUAUUUUAAGUUUCAAAAGUAUCAGCGGUUUUUACGCAAUUGUUAAUCGUAUGAGAUAAUACGAUAUUUAAAAAAUCUGCUUUAACUAGCGAAAUCUUUUAGUCGCAGCAGCAUUCGCUAAUAAAUGAGGAAUUCCAUCCGUUAGCAUGCGUCCUCGUGUGUGUGCAACGAUAAUCUUUGUUCACAUUCAAAUAAAUUGAGAUUCAUCGGUACGCAAAGUCAUUUGUGCAGCUUUAUUACAUGUGUAAGAUAACAUUGCAGUCUUUUUCUUUUUAGUUUUAGUUUACCAUCUCGACUUGUACAGAGUCCGUCUUCCAACUUAUAUAUCAUUACACUGUAUGGAUACUUUGGAAUUGAAACAUCAGAUAUUACUUUACGACAUUUGAAAGCAAGAGAAAAAUAAAUUGUUAUUAUCUUCUGACAUGUGGGAUAUUUUUUAAUCUUUUACAAAAAUGAUUGAUUGCAUAAAUUCCAAGAUGUCUAUAUGGGAAAAAACUAAAAUGGCACUCUCUCAAAUAUAUCUGUUAAAUAAAUAACAAGAAAUAAAUAAGAAAAAA